AUGUCCAGCAAGGAAGUAAAGACUGCUCUGAAAAGUGCUAGAGAUGCGAUCAGAAACAAAGAAUACAAGGAAGCUUUGAAACAUUGUAAGACAGUGUUAAAACAAGAGAAGAAUAACUAUAAUGCCUGGGUUUUUAUUGGCGUUGCUGCAGCCGAGCUGGAACAGCCUGAUCAGGCCCAGGGUGCCUACAGGAAAGCUGCUGAAUUAGAGCCAGACCAGCUGCUAGCUUGGCAGGGGUUAGCGAGCUUGUAUGAGAAAUGCAACCACAUCAGUGCUAAGGAUGACUUGCCUGGAGUUUACCAGAAGCUCCUGGAUCUGUAUGAAAGUGUUGACAAACAGAAGUGGUGUGAUGUCUGUAAGAAACUGGUGGAUCUGUAUUACCAAGAAAAGAAACACGUAGAGGUGGCCCGGACAUGGCACAAAUUGAUAAAGACACGACAGGAAGAAGGUGCAGACAGCCAGGAGCUUCAUCAGCUGUGGAGGAAGUUGACUCAGUUGCUGGCUGAGUGCACUGAGGAUCAGAAUAAUGAGACCCAGCAACUGCUUUUAACUGCUUUUGAGAAUGCACUGGGCUUAUCAGAUAAGAUUCCUAGUGAAGAUCACCAAGUGCUUUAUAAAAAUUUCAUUCAGUGUUUAUCUAAAUUUCCUCAUGAGACUGCUAGGUUGAAGAAAGCCUGUGAAGGAAUGAUAAACGUCUAUCCCACUGUACAGUAUCCAUUAGAAGUGCUUUGUUUACAUUUAAUUGAAUCAGGAAGUCUUACUGACGAGGGAGAACAGUAUUGUUGUAGACUAGUGGAAAUGGAUCCCCAAAGUGGUGCAGGUCUCAUUGGUUUAGGCAUUAAAGCAUUACAAGACAAAAAGUACGAAGAUGCUGUUAGGUACUUAACAGAAGGGAUAAAGGAAAGCCCCCUCUGCACAGCUGGAUGGUAUCAUCUGGCAGAAGUCCAAGUCAGAGUGCAUAAACCUAAGGAAGCUGUUCUUUCAUGCAGUCAAGCUCUGAGGAGUAUAGAUAACCUCGGUGUAUCUGGUGGCAGGCUGCAUCAGAAGAAUCGUUGUCUUCGUUUGAAAGCAGAGGCUUUGAUUAAACUCUCAGAUUAUGAAUCUUCAGAGGAAGCAAUUCGUACUCUUGAUCAGGUUUCUGAUGCAAAUAAUAUCCCAGGACUUUUGGUUCUCAAAGGCUUGGCCUAUCUGAACAAGGGCUCAUUAGAUGAAGCUUCAAAGAUUAUGGAAGACCUUCUCUCUUCUUACCCUGACCUCACCGAAGCUCAUGCCCUGGAGGCUUUGAUUCAUUUUACCAAAAAGGACUAUCUACAAGCAGAAAAAUGUUUUCAGCGAGCUCUUGAGAAAGAUGCUGAAGUUGCUGAAUAUCAUUACCAACUUGGGUUAACAUAUUGGUCCAUGGGUGAAGAAACAAGAAAAGAUAAAACAAAGGCUCUUACCCACUUUUUAAAGGCUGCCAAACUGGAUACAUACAUGGGCAAAGUUUUCUGCUAUUUAGGUCAUUAUUACAAAGAUGUAGUAGGUGAUAAAAAUAGGGCCCGUGGAUGUUAUAGGAAAGCUUUUGAAUUAGAUGACACCGAUGCUGAAUCUGGAGCUGCAGCAGUUGACUUAAGUGUUGAGCUUGAAGAGAUGGAAACUGCCUUAGCUAUCCUGACAACAGUCACUCAAAAGGCAAGUGCUGGGACGGCAAAGUGGGCCUGGCUUAGGCGAGGCCUAUACUAUCUGAAAGCUGGUCAGCAUUCCCAAGCAGUGGCUGAUUUACAGGCAGCGUUAAGGGCAGACCCCAAGGACUUCAAUUGUUGGGAAUCAUUAGGAGAGGCAUACCUAAGCAGAGGUGGCUAUACAACAGCCUUGAAAUCCUUCACAAAAGCCAGUGAGCUGAACCCAGAGUCCACGUACAGUGUGUUUAAGGUGGCGGCAAUACAGCAAACCCUGGGCAAAUAUAAAGAGGCGGUAGCUCAGUACCAGCUGAUCAUUAACAAGAAAGAAGAUUAUGUGCCUGCUCUGAAAGGUUUGGGUGAAUGCCACCUUCUAUUGGCAAAAGCAGCUCUCGUCGAUUAUCUUGAUGGGAAAGCUGUAGACUACAUAGAGAAAGCACUGGAAUAUUUUACUCGGGCUCUGCAACAUCGAGCUGAUGUGUCUUGCCUUUGGAAGCUAGUUGGGGACGCUUGUACCAGUCUGUCUGCUGUCUCACCAUCUAAAGUGAAUGUCAGUGUCUUAGGAGACCUUCUAGGUCAGAAAGAAGGAAAACAAGUAUUAAAGAAAAAUGAGCUCCUCCAUCUUGGAGGAAGAUGUUACGGUCGUGCAUUAAAACUGAUGUCUACAUCUAAUACGUGGUGUGACCUUGGAAUUAAUUAUUAUCGCCAAGCACAACAUCUAGCAGACACAGGCAGCAACUCAGAUGACCUUCAAGAGUUGUUGGAGAAAUCUCUGCAUUGUCUGAAAAAAGCUGUGAGACUUGACAGUAAUAAUCACUUAUACUGGAAUGCUCUUGGUGUAGUUUCAUGUUACAGUGGUAUUGGAAAUUAUGCCCUUGCUCAGCACUGUUUCAUCAAAUCAAUCCAGUCAGAACAAAUUAAUGCAGUUGCAUGGACCAACUUGGGAGUGUUAUACCUUGCAAAUGAAAAAAUUGAGCAAGCUCAUGAAGCUUUCAAAAUGGCUCAGUCCCUUGAUCCAUCUUAUUUAAUGUGCUGGAUUGGACAAGCUCUAAUUGCAGAGACAGUUGGAAGUUAUGACACCAUGGAUCUCUUCAGGCACACUACAGAACUCAGUAUGCAUACUGAGGGAGCAAUAGGUUAUGCGUAUUGGGUCUGUACAACACUGCAAGAUAAGAGCAACAGAGACACGGAACUGUACCGGUAUAACAUCCUCCAGAUGAACGCCAUUCCAGCAGCACAGGUGGUCUUGAGCAAAUACGUGGAGAGAAUUCAGAAUUAUGCUCCAGCUUUCACAAUGUUGGGCUACUUAAAUGAACAUCUGCAAUUGAAGAAGGAAGCAGCAAAUGCAUACCAAAGGGCAAUUUUGUUGUUACAGACUGCAGAAGACCGAGAUGCUUAUAAUGUUACAGUAAGAAAUUAUGGCAGAUUGUUAUGUUCCAUUGGUGAAUAUGAUAAAGCUAUCCAGGCUUUUAAGUCAACACCCCUUGAGGAUUUAGAAGACAUCAUAGGUUUCGCAUUAGCUUUGUUUAUGAAGGGUGUGUACAAGGAGAGCAGCAAAGCGUAUGAGAGAGCCUUGGCAAUUGUUGAAUCAGAGCAAGACAAAGCUCAUAUCCUGACAGCUCUGGCAAUAGCGGAAUAUAAACAAGGAAAAAUGGAUGUAGCCAAGACAUUGCUGUUCAAAUGCUCUAUCUUAAAGGAUCCAGCAGUGGAAAGCCUUCAAGCCCUGUGUGCUCUGGGGUUGGCAAUGCAGGAUGCUGCGCUGUCAAAAGCUGCACUGAACGAGCUGCUGAAGCACAGCAGACAGAACAGUGACUGUCAGAGGAGCCUCCUUACUUCAGCCAUCUAUGCCCUGCAAGGCCGCAGCGUGGCAGUGCAAAGACAAGCAUCCAGAGCUGUUCAUAGUAACCCAGCUGAUCCUGCUCUUUGGUCCCUGUUGUCCCGAGUGGUUGCCCAGUAUACUCAACGAAAUGCAAAGGGAGGUGCAGUGGCAGGAAACGUGGCUCAUAUUCUGGACUCAAAUCAUGGAAAGAAGGCAUUACUGUACACUGCAGUAAAUCAGUUGGCUAUGGGAAGCAAUUCAGCAGAAGAUGAGAAAAAUACUGCACUAAAGACCAUUCAGAAGGCAGCUCUCCUUUCUCCAGGUGAUCCUGCUGUCUGGGCUGGACUGAUGGUAGCUUGUCAUGCCGAUGAUGUACUGGCCCUGGUGAGCCGCACUCAGCCAAAGAGGGUGGAUUUAUACUUGGCACUGUUAUCUGCUGUUUCUGCUUCAAUUAAAGACAAAGGAUUCUAUGAAAAUUACAACCAGUCUCUUGAAAGGUGGUCUCUCUCUCAAGCUGUCACUGGUCUAAUAGACACAGGAAGAAUAUCUGAAGCUGAAGCCCUCUGCACAAAGAAUUUAAAAAGUAACCCUGAUCAACCAGCUAUUAUCUUACUCUUGAGACAAGUUCAAUGUAAACCACUCCUGGAGUCACGAAAACCUCUCCCAGAUGCUGUACUUGAAGAGCUGCAAAAAACAGUCAUGUCCAACUCAACCUCUGUUCCAGCUUGGCAGUGGCUGGCACACAUAUAUCAGUCCCAGGGAAUGAUGGGCGCUGCAGAGAUGUGCUACAGGAAGAGUCUGCAAGUAGCAUCCCAGCAGGGCAGCUGGAGCGGGAAGCUCUCGAGCCUGUUGCGGCUAGCACUGCUUGCACUGGAAGUCUGCAUGGCUAAUGUUUCCAAUGAUCACUGGCCAUCCUUGGUUCAAGAAGCUACAGCUGAGGCCCUGAAACUUUGCUUUUGUCCACUGGCUGUCCUUUUACAAGCUUUGUUACAAUUCAAACGCAAAAUGGGAGCAAGAGAGACACGGCGACUUUUGGAGAGAGUUGUGUAUCAGCCUGGGUAUCCCAAAUCUAUUGUUUCAGCAGCACGUUGGUACCUUCUGAGACACUUACAUGCCAAAAAUGACUACGAGCUCAUUGAUGUGCUGGUAAACAAUGCCAAAACUCACGGAGAUGCAAGAGCGUUGGAACUGAAUCAGAAAUUGUCCUCACAAUAA